UGACGUAACGCGGCAACGGGUUUACCUACAUGCUCAAGGCUGGUUCGUCUGAUGCUUCCCUUUGCUGAGAAUGUUUGAGUCGUUGGACGACACGGGAGUAACCUGAUGUUAACUGCCUUGGCUAGUGGUGCGGUGGUGUUCCCUGGCCUAUUCUACGGGCUGGGGAAACUACUCAAAUUCAAUUUCAAACAUUGGGACGACGCAGACGUGGUGACAGUCAGCGAGAGGCUUGUUUCUGCCAUCCAUGCGAGCAUUUCGACUGUAACUGGAAUCACAGUGGUGUCAUCUUGCAACAAUGUCAUGACUGACAGUCACUGGCUGGUCAAUGAGUUUGUAUUGUUCGGCUCAUCCUUUAUGAUCACCGACCUCUUUGCCAUGUACCUGAGCCACUACCAUAUUCAGAGGGUCAGAGGUCAGAGCUGGCUGUACAACAACCACUCUCUGCGAACACUGAAGGCUUUCGUCUACAAGGACUGGCUGCUUGUCCUCCAUCACUUGGUACUGGUUCUGCUAUUCCUUCCCAUCGCCUUGUUUUUCAGAAGAGGACUAGGCGAUUUCUUUAUUGGGUGCUUUCUCAUCACAGAAUUCAGCACACCUUUUCUCUGUUUUGGAAAGAUCCUCAUUCAGCUGGGCCUUGACAACACCAGGCUGCACACAAUCAACGGCAUGCUAGUCCUCUUGACGUUCUUCAUGUGUCGGAUCAUGAUCUUCCCCUUCAUGUACUGGAUGUACGGGCGACAAGUUGGUAUUCCGCUGCACAAAGUCUCCUUCCAUCUGCCCUGGCACUGCAACGCGGGCAACCUGACCAUCUUCAUACCCCAAAUCUACUGGUUUUACCUCCUGCUGAAGAAAGCUCAGCGGCUGUACAAUAAACAUAGGAAAGACCAUUAACUCAAAACAGACCACCUUUGAUAAAAUAGUUGUUUUAGACGCACAAGGUAGUGUAAGUGCUUUUAUUGAAAGGAAAAGAAAAUUG